CAACUGAUAUAAAAGAUGGCUCAUCAUCAGUUCGAGUCUCUUGAUUAUUGGACUGUGUAUUCCAUGGCUGAUAGCUUUUCUCGUAGUGCUCCGGUGUUGUUUUGGUUGGUUCUGUUUGGAUUCUCCGGCUGCAUUGCCGGCCAAAUCGGUUUGGGCUCGAGGUUGGUGGGCAGUCAGCAGGGACGAGGUUGGGUUUCCGAUAAUGGAACUUUUGCUUUUGGUUUCACCCCGUCGGACAUUCGUUACCGUUUUCUGCUCGGGAUUUGGUUCGCUGAGCUUCCCGGAGAUAGAACCUUAGUCUGGUCGGCUAAUAGAAACUCUCUGGUCACCAAAGAUGCAAUCCUGGAGCUUGACACAACUGGAAAUCUCGUACUGAUGGACGGGGACGACACCGUUUGGACGUCAAACACAUCGGGAAGCCGAGUCGAGUUCGCCGUCAUGUCGGAAUCCGGGAAUUUCAUCCUUUACACGGCCAACAACCGCCCUGCGUGGCAGAGUUUUGCGCAUCCGUCGGAUACACUUCUCCCUAACCAACCCUUCACAGUGUCACUCGAAUUAACAUCAUCGAAAUCGGUCCUCCAUGGCAGCUACUAUGCUCUCAAGAUGCUCCAACAGCCUACUUCAUUAACACUUGCCUUAACGUACAACUUGCCCGAUACAUUUGAUCAUUCCCCUGAAGGUUAUACGAACUACUCCUAUUGGGCUUCACCCGACGUAUCGAAUGUUACUGGCGAUGUCGUUGCGGUUUUAGACGAAGCGGGAAGCUUCGGAAUAGUCUAUGGCCAGUCGUCGAACGGUGCGAUUUAUGUGUAUAAGAAUGAUGGAGACUAUGAUGGCUUAUCUUCAGCUACUAAUAAAUCGAAUGUCCGAUUAGCGGUGCUUCGGAGAUUGAUCAUCGAGACUAAUGGCAAUCUACGUUUGUAUCGAUGGGAUAACGAUGUUAAUGGUUCGCGCCAAUGGGUACCUGAAUGGGCAGCUGUGUCGAACCCCUGUGACAUUGCUGGUAUAUGCGGCAAUGGGGUAUGUAACUUGGAUAGAAGCAAGACAAAUGCUUCUUGUACAUGCUUACCCGGUACUUCCAAGGUAAGCGGUCCAGCUGGUGGAACGUUUUGCUCGUUGAACUCAUCGACGACCGUAAAAUGUGAUUAUCGGAACAGAAAUCGGACCUCAGACUUCAAGAUUGCAACAAUACAACAAACCAACUACUAUUUCUCGUAUUAUUCAGUGUUGGCUAAUUACAGUGAUAUUCCCACGGUCUCGAAGUGUGGGGAUGCUUGUUUAUCGGAUUGCGACUGCGUCGCAUCGGUUUACGGGUUGGACGAUGAGAAGCCAUACUGCUGGGUUCUGAAGAGCUUGGACUAUGGAGGAUUUGAGGACCCUGGUUCGACCAUGUUUGUGAAGGUCAGGUCUAAUGUGUCUUUGGGUCCAGGUGGUGAUAGGUCCGGGUCUGGUUCUAGUCAUGACAAGAUUUUGGUGCUUCCAAUUGUACUAAGCAUGGGUGUCCUUAUUGGCCUACUUUGUCUACUGUUGUAUUACAAUGUUCACAGAAGGAGAUAUUUAAAGAGAUCCAUGGAAAGCUCUUUGAUCUUUGAAGGGGCACCGUUGAAUUUUGGCUACCGAGAUUUGCAGCUCCGUACCGACAAUUUUUCUCAGCUGCUCGGAACAGGAGGAUUUGGAAGUGUAUACAAGGGAAGCCUUUCGGAUGGAACAUUGAUUGCUGUCAAGAAACUCGACCGUGUUUUCCCGCACGGCGAGAAGGAGUUCAUAACCGAAGUGAACACAAUUGGCUCCAUGCAUCACAUGAACUUGGUUCGCCUAUGCGGAUACUGCUCAGAGGGUUCACAUCGUCUUCUGGUGUAUGAGUUUAUGAAAAAUGGAUCCCUGGACAAGUGGAUCUUCCCUUCCUAUCAGUGCCGGGAUAGGAUGUUGUAUUGGCCGAUUCGGUUCGAUAUCAUCAUUGCGAUCGCACGAGGGAUUGCGUACUUUCACGAGCAAUGCAGAAACAGGAUAAUACACUGCGACAUCAAGCCGGAAAAUAUCCUCUUGGACGAGAAUUUUUGCCCCAAAGUAUCCGAUUUCGGACUAGCCAAGUUGAUGGGAAGAGAGCACUCGCGUGUUGUCACUAUGGUAAGAGGAACUAGAGGGUAUUUAGCACCCGAAUGGGUUAGCAACCGUCCGAUAACCGUAAAGGUCGAUGUUUACAGUUACGGAAUGCUACUUUUGGAGAUUCUUGGUGGCCGAAGAAACCUCGACAUGUCUUACGAUGCCGAGGACUUCUUCUACCCCGGAUGGGCCUAUAAGGAGAUGACAAACGGAACGCCAAUGAAAGUCACGGAUAAACGACUAGGGAGUGCUGUUGACGAGGAACAACUGACCAGAGCGUUGAAAGUCGCCUUCUGGUGCAUUCAAGACGAGGUCAUCGUGAGGCCUUCGAUGGGGGAAGUGGUGAAAAUGCUCGAAGGGUCAAUGGAUAUCAACGCACCGCCCAUGCCUCAAACGGUAUUGGAACUGGUCGAGGAAGGCUUGGAACAGGUGUACAAGGCAAUGAAAAGGGAUUUCAAUCAGUCAAGCUCGUUUACCAUGACUACACAUCCAUCAUCUCUGGCUACAUGCAGUUAUUCAACAAUGUCCCCCAGAUGAUCUAUAAGAUCAAAAACCUAGCGUUGCGGCCGUACGUUAAUA